AUGUAUCAAAAUCUCUGGAAAAGUUUUUGGUGGAAUGAGAUGAAGAGAGAUGUGGCCGAAUAUGUGGCUAGAUGCUUAACUUGUCAGAAGGCAAAGGUAGAACACCAAUGUCCACCUAGGUUGCUACAACCAUUGGAGAUCUCUGAGUGGAAAUGGGAUAAUAUUUCCAUGGACUUUGUUUCUAGGUUACUGAGGACCAGGAACAACCAUGAUGCCAUUUGGGUGAUAAUGGAUCGAUUGACUAAGGCUACACACUUUCUCCCGAUUAAUAUGAAGUAUAAGUCAGAAAGGCUUGUGGACUUUUAUCACGCCAGCAUUGGAAUGACGCCAUUUGAGGUUUUGUAUGGGCGGAGAUGUAGGACUCCUUUGUGCUGGUAUGAGAAUGGAGAGGCUACUUUGUGUGCACUGGACAUGAUCCAGAAACAGAAUGAACAGAUCAAGAUGAUCAAAGUGAAAAUAAAGGUUGCACAGGAUAGACAAAAGAGCUACUAUAAUAAGAGGAGGAAGUCGUUAGAGUUCCAGGUGGGUGACCAUGUGUUUUUUAAGGUCUCACCUUUGAUCGAAGUUGGGAGAGCUCUGAAAUCUUGA